GCCAAGGACUGUGCAUCCCUGCUGGCUGGAGAAGCUAGCUGUCCCCCCAGGUUGCUAGUUUGGAGCGGUCUGUAAAUAGAAGGCGGUGGGAGCUGACACUGUAAAUAAAAGGCACUGGUGAUUACACCCAGAAGACGUCUCAAGCUGAUUUGUGGACGCAGGGGUCCCAAGGGCAAGGGCCAAGCGAAGGCCUUAUUACUUGUGGGGGCUUGUCCAGGAUUCGAGAGCCAGUGAACAUGGUUGGCGGCCCGGAUAUGGAGGAGACCCUACAAUGGCUGGUCAAACAGCAGGAGCAGAUGCAGCAGGCCCUGCAAAGUUUUCAGCAGUCCCACAGGCUGAGUGACAGGCCUUACUGACCUGGCAAGCAGAGCAACAGCAGAACCUGCACAAGUUCAUACUGGAGCAGACCAGUGUGCAACAGCAGCUCCUACAAAGAGUGAAAUGACUUUGGCGUUGAAAAAAGGAACACUCAUGGAAGAAAAGAGUUUUCCAAGACAAAUGGGAGAAUUUAUAUUUUUUCACAGAUGUAAAAGCUAAAAUUCAAUGCCUUAUUUGUCAGCAAAUGAUUGCUGUUCCCAAGGAGUAUAAUGUGCACUGGCACUACGACACGAUGCACCGUGAAAAAUAUGAUGCAUUCACCAGAAAAAUCCGAGAGGAAAAAGUUCAGCAACUUACAGCAGCAUUUGCCAAGCAAACAAAUUUCUUUUAGAAGAUUAACAAGUCUAGUGAAGAUUCAGUAAGAGCAAGUUUUGUGAUAAGCGAACUGAUAGCUAAAUCAUUGCAACCUUUUCCAGAAGGCCUAUUCGUAAAAGAAUGUCUUGUGAAGGCCAGUGAAAUUUUAUGUCCUGAUAGGAAGAAAGUUUUUGAAGGCAUAAGCUUGUCUGCCAAUACAGUUGCCUGCAGGAUAAGGGAUUUAGCAGAUAAUGUGCAAAAACAAUUGAUUCAAAUGGCAAAAGACUUUGACGCAUUUUCAAUUGCUCUUGAUGAGAGUACAGAUGUAUCAGAUACCGCACAGUGUGCAGUGUUCAUUAGAGGUGUGGACUGGAUUUGAAUAUAACUGAAGAAUUGCUAGAUGUAAUGCCACUGAAGGGUACCACAACGGAACAUGACAUAUUUCAAGGACUGGAAGGGUGCAUUGAAAAAGCUGCACUGCCAUGGAACAAACUCGUAUCUUUGGCUACGGACGGUGCGCCAUCAAUGUGCUCUGAAAACGUUGGUGUGGUUGGAUUAUUGAAGACCAAACUGAACAGCCUCAAUAUACCAGGAAUUAGCUUCACCAGUAUACAUUGCAUUUUGCACCAAGAAGCCCUGUGUAGUAAAAGUCUACAAAUGAAGGAAGUUAUGGAUGUAAUUGUUAAAACCAUUAAUUUUAUACAUGCACAAGGGCUGAAUCACAGACAGUUCACUUCUUUUCUAGCAAGUAUGGACAGCGAAUAUGGGGAACUUCUGUAUCUCACUCAAGUUAGAUGGCUGAGUCAUGUAAAUGUUUUAAAGCGUUUUUUUGCACUUAGAGAGGAGACUGAUUCCUUCAUAAAAAUGAAAAACAAAGAGGUUCCACAGCUUGUUGAUUCCACUUUUAUCUGCAACCUUGUUUUUCUAACAGAUGGAACUGAUCACCUGAAUACACUGAACUUGAAGCUUCAGGGUAGAAAACAGGUGAUAACACAGAUGUAUGACAGUGUUAAGUCAUUCAAAGUCAAGCUUACUUUGUGGGGGAAACAGCUGACUGCUGGCAAUUUGGUCCAUUUCUCGACUCUGAAUUCCUUAGGAAAAGUUGAACCCAAAUCCUUGAAAGAAUAUGCAGAUAUCAUUUCUAAUUUACACAAACAGUUUGAUGUGUGGCUUAAAAAUUUCAAGGCACUUGAACCACAUUUUAAACUUUUUUCCACACCAUUUGCUAUGGUGACUGACAAUGUUGCAGAGGAAAUGCAGAUGGAGUUAGUGGAGCUUCAGUGUGAUACCAUUUUGAAGCAGAAGUAUACAGAUGUUGGAAUUCCAGAAUUCUACCGGUUUCUUUCACAAGAAAGAUUUCCCAUGUUAUUCUCUGCUUCCGCAAGGAUAAUGGCAAUGUUUGGAAGUACAUAUAUAUGUGAACAGUUUUUCUCUUCCAUGAAGAUUAACAUAUAUGUGUUAAGGUCAAAGCUCACUGAUAAACAUUUGCAAGCAACACGGAGAUUGGUUUAGUCUCUGGAUAUCAAACCUAAUAUUGACGCUUUGGUUGAUGCAAAACGCUGCCAGCUAAGUGGCCAAAAAUGAAAUGACUGUCAAAAUUAGCACUGACUUUUCACAUUACAGUUUAAAAAAAGUUAAUACCUUCACUUUUAAUAGCAUACUAUAUUACUCUUAAUUUUUUUUCAAUUUUGACUAUACUUUUAUAUCGUUGUAUGAAAAGGUUUCAGUGAUGCAGCCCUAGGGCCAAUGUAUUAGUCUUCAUGUGGCCCUUGUGGUGAUUUGAGAUCCCUGCCUUAGACCAAGGAUCCCAAGUGGGAAAGACUAGCAAAGAAGAGAACCCUAGACAACAGAGCCCAGAUCAAGGAGACCUGCGGGAAGGGUGUAUGGGGGAACCGGACAGCUCUUGGAAGUGGAGAGGGGACAACUGGAACACCCCACAACAUUGCUUCCUGGGGAGGGGACCCAGAACCCACUGGGUGGUAUGGGGAAAACUGAGGCACAGAAAGUCCCGCAGGAUGGUGGGAUGGAUCCUGACCCCCUACCAAAAGUAAAGGCAGUACAGGGGACGGGACGCCUGUAGGGGUGCAACUGGUGUGACGACCUGAGGGCAGAGGUGGAACUAUGGGGGGAGCCACCCCCUGAGCAAUGUACGUUUUGUGGGUGAGUGAUGGAAAAAACCCCAGGAGAGGAUGCCGGGGAUCACCUGGCCAAGAGCAGGGAACUUCCCCGGAGGAGCCCCCUGGGUGGAGGGGCCAAGGCCGGCCAGACCUGGAGGCUCAUAAGGGGGGAGGCAUGUAACAGGGUGCUGGUCAGGAGGCCCUGAGCCAGCCCUCUGUUAGCCCAGCUCCAAUUAAGAAGCAUUAAUUGGGGCUGGCUGAGUAUGCCACGCCUAAUUGAUAGAAGGGAAGCACCUGCGGGCCUCAUUAGCCAGGGGGCUAUAUAGGGCUGGCAGGAAGGAAGUGAAGGGGAGGAGCUAAGGACUGCGCAUCCCUGCUGGCUGGAGAAGCUAGCCGUCCCCCCAGGUUGCUAGUUUGGAGCAGUCUGUAAAUAGAAGGCGGUGGGAGCUGACACUAUAAAUAAAAGGCACUGGUGAUUGCACCCAGAAGAGGUCUCAAGCGGAUUUGUGGAUGCAGGGGUCCCAUAGUGCGAGGGCCAAGCGAAAACCUUGUUACAGGAACACAAUACAUUCCAAAAAAGCAAAGGAGCUGUUUGAAAUAUUCACAAACAGAAAAAGGCUAUAUUCAUGAGAAAUCCUAUUCAUAAGGAAUAUUGAGUCACAUCCUCAGCUGCUGUAAGCUGUCAUACCUCAGUUGAAGUCAAGGGAGCUGUGAUGACAGUUUACACAAAUUCAGGGUCUGGCCCAAUAUGACCAACUAUUCUCCACUAUGGACUGAUGAGCUUAUCAAGAGUCAUCGGUGACUGAUUUAGACAAUGUAUCAUGGUUCAAUUUUGUAAGUGACAAAAAAGUGAUAAAAUAUUUACACAUCUAUUAUAAAAUAGCUUAUUUAUCCAGAGGUCCAUUUCUGGUUUUAGUAGAUUGAGAUAUUGUUGAUCUUUCAAUGAAUGUAGUUCAGGGAACCCUAAUGUAAUCCAGUUAAAUUUAGAACUGACAUUUCUAAUCUAAAUGUCCAUUUAUCAUAAAUGUUGCUAUGCAAAUUACAUCAGAUCUGGGGGAAGUUGUGGUUUUGCUACACUUGCUCCAAGAUGUGUUUGAAAUAGCAAUAUUUCUAGAUAUUUACUGUGUGGAGCCAGCUGAAUAUUGGAAGUGUGGUAUAAGAACACAAUUCUAAACAGCUGUUCAGAUUGACUACAGUUGUACCUCUUUAUUUCCUGUUUGCAAACAUACUCUGUC